AUGAAAAAGAAGGAAGGAAAGAAGGACGAUUCCGCUUCAACGACCACGACCACGACCACCUCAUCAUCAACAGCCAUCAAUAAGCCAUCAACUCCUUCAUCCUCUUCUGCCACUGUUCCAACCAAUAAUACUCCAAUCUUAACAGUCAACAGCACUAGUGAUGAACAUUCGAAUCUUAACAACCAAACAACACCGACUGAAUCCACAAUGCACAGUCGACCUGAGCUUCCUUCCAUACUGAACCCAACAGGGAAAACACACUCAAGUGCUGCUGCUGCCGAAGAAGCAGAUCAAGUUUCUUCUCCCUCCUCUGAAAACUCAGAUAAACCAGAGAUACGUGUUGGUCAAUUUCCGCAUCCACCACAACCACGUCCAUCCAUUCUACAUUCCAAAAGCAUUGAAGGAUUUUUAAAUUUGUUUGGUCUGCUUCUUGUCACUUGGUCUGGCAAUAUCAUGUACAACAAUUGGAGACAUGAGGGAUACCUUAUUGAUUUUACACUUCUUCGCCACUUGUUACAAGGAAUUGACUAUUUAAUGCUAAUAUGGGGCGGUGUUGUUGCAUUUCACUUUGUAUAUUCUGUUACAAGUGAAUUUCUUCUCAUUCAGUAUGCUCAAAAGAAGAGACUUUCUCCAUUCAUGGAUUUUAUUAAUUGCACUAUAUAUGUAUUGGCUCAACUCAUCUUGUUUGGAGUUCCAUCUUACCUUGCAUUCACCUCACAAUAUCUAAGUGCUAUGUGUCGAACUGCAUUGGCAUGUCAAAUCGUUGUGAAUAGUUUCAAGAUGCACAGUUACUUCAUUACGAAUCGAUAUUUUAGAGAGGAAAUGUUUUAUUCUGGAAAAUACAAGGAGAAUGGCUUCAAACCCAUUCUUGGAAUUCGAUAUGAGAAAAUCAGACUUGAUCGAAAUCUGUCAAAGUUGCAACAAUUUUAUUUAUUGGCCUUCGAUUAUCAGGAAUACAUUAGAAUACCAAGCUUAGUCUAUGAAAUCAACUUCCCUAGAACCUCUCAUAUUUCUUUCAUUUUCGUGAUUAGGGAAUAUGGAGGUGGUCUAUUGAUUUGUCUCUUUAUGUAUUUCAUCAUGCAAAGGUAUAUGGCUCCAUUAUUGGGAGAAAUUGAAUCCUACGACUGGUAUGAUCUUAUUAUCAAUCUUGCAAUUCCAUCCAUGGCUAUUUGGAUGUUGCUCUUUUAUUGCGUUUUUCAUUGCUUCUUGAACGCAACCGCUGAACUUGUAAGAUAUGCAGAUCGUGAAUUUUAUUUGGAGUGGUGGAAUGCCACAAGUGUUUCUCAAUAUUGGAGAUUGUGGAACAGACCUGUAUUGAAGUUCAUGUCACGACAUAUUUAUGUCGAAUCCAUGAGAAGAGUGAAAGGAUUUAACAAAGUUUGGGCCGCACUUUCCACAUUCUUUGUCACUGCAGUUCUUCAUGAAUAUGUGUUAAUCAUGACUUUUAGAGUUUUUAGAGCAUAUUUCUUCACAAUGGUCAUUGCUCAAAUUCCACUCUUCUAUGUGACUGAGAAACUUAAGGGAACACGUCUAGGAAAUGUAUUAUUGUGGUUUGGAUACUUGUUGUGCUUCCCUGUUAUGGAGUUGUUAUACUUUAGGGCUGCCUUGAGAGAAAACAGCAUGUAA